ACAAAGAACCUAAUACAAGAUUUUUCGCAGGAGGUCAGUAGAGCAUGCAGGUUGCUUGCUGCUGCAGCAGUCGAAGAAAAAACAUGGAAAAAUGAAAGUUGUGGAUCUUCAUCAUCCCCAUGGGUAAUCUUAUAUUGUCAUUUGAACAACGACUCGUAAGCAAGCUGCAAUUCUGCAAAUGAGUUCUUAACUUAUGUGAUACAAAAAUAGAUGAACUACUGAAUACUAAUUUAACAAAUACUGGUAGAAACACAAAAAUUUGCUAGAAAGAAUAACUAUGGAUCAGAAGAUGAAUGUGUAUAUUUGGGACAUGGAUGAGACACUUAUAUUGCUGAAAUCUUUGUUGAAUGGGACUUAUGCUGAGGCUUUCAACGGUUCAAAAGACAUCAAAAGGGGCAUAGAAAUUGGAAAGAUGUGGGAGAAAUAUAUUCUCCAAGUGUGUGAUGACUAUUUCUUUUAUGAACAGAUUGAGAAUUACAAUAUGCCAUGUCUUGAUGCUUUGAACGAGUAUGAUGAUGGGCUGGAUCUGUCUGAUUAUGAUUUCAGCAAGGAUGGCUUUGGCCCUCCAUAUGAUGAUCUCAACAAACGGAAGUUGGCAUAUCGACAUCGUAUCAUUGCUCAUAAGUAUGAACAGGGUUUGCAGAAUAUCCUUGAUCAAGAGACAAUGAAGCUCUGGAGUGAUCUUUAUGACUUUACUGAUAGUUAUACAGAUGGAUGGCUCUCCUCAGCACGCUUGUUCUUGGAGCAAUGUUCACAAGGAAACAAAGUCACAAAUCAUUUUGUUGCAUCUCCUACUGAUGUUGCUGAAUCUACCAAUAGGGAAUUCCAGAAUGUCAAUAUUUUAGUUACCUCCGGAUCAUUGAUACCCAGUCUUGUCAAGUGCAUGCUUUUCCGGUUGGAUGAUUUAAUAACACAUGGAAAUGUUUACAGCUCGUGGGAAGCAGGAAAGCCCCAAUGUUUUUCAUGGAUCGAGGAGCGUUUCAGAGGACCAAAUGUUCAGUUCUGUGUGAUUGGUGAUGGAUGGGAGGAAUGUGAAGCUGCACAAACCAUGCAAUGGCCUUUUGUUAAAAUUGAUCUGCGACCAGGGAGCUCUCACAGGUUUCCUGGCCUCACACUGAAAACAGUUGGGCACUAUUUUUCUGUCGUGUAUGGCAAUCCUAAUAAACAAAAUGAUGAAGAUUAAGCCUGAUACACCGUUAUGGAACUGAUCUUGGAUCUUUUCUUCUGUCCUAUUUUAAGAUGUAUAGAAAAAGAUGCUUAUUUUGGUCCUAUAUACGACACAAGGGGUAUAAAUUCAUCUCUACCUGUAAUCUUGGUUUAAUGAUCCAUCAACACUAACUGUUUGAUUGAUGGGACACUUGAUUCCAUGACAACUUGAAAAAAAAAAUGUCUGCUUACAGUUACCA